AUGCAAUAUGUUCCGCAACUUCUCACAUGUACUAUGUCUCCCAUAUCAGACUUGGGAACAUACAUUUUUGGCCUAUUUGCCAGCUCCCCAGCCACCAAUAACCCAGUCAGCGCUCCAGCGGCUCUUAUGGAUGAACCCCCUAGGCCGCGUUGUCGUACGGACACCGACAGUUCGGACACCCUCACCCUUCCAGAUGGACGAAAACUCGGCUAUGUACAGUAUGGUUCGCUAACAGGGAGGCCUAUCUUUUACGUACAUGGCCUUCCAGGCUCUCGCCUACAGGCUGCCGGCUUUGAUGAGCUAGGCCUGAAAGUAGGCGCCCGUGUCAUUAGUGUGGACAGACCUGGUAUAGGUUUGAGCUCACCACUUGCCGGUCGGACACUCCUUGAUCAUCCAAAGGACAUAGAGCACCUUGCAAAGCACCUCAAGCUAGAUAAGUAUAGUGUUUUGGUACGAAGAGCGUAUUACUCCUAUGAACGUCUGAACCUUUUUGCUAACACUGCACUGCUGGAAAGGGAAUAUCAGGAGGUGGACCUCUGCGGCCUAGGACCGCCUGACAUCGGUAUGAGUGGGGCAGACUGGGUACACAGACUUGGAUUCCCUUAUGGACUUCGCUAUGCUCCCUUCAGUGUUGUCCGGUGGUUUUGGAGAUACGAGGGGUCAGCACGCUUAGAUCUGACUGACGAGAAGCGUCUUGAGCUUAUGCUUCAGAAGCCAGUCGCUCAUGAGAAGGACAAUGACUUCAUGAAGUCUGGCUGGCCCCGAGUAGCUUUGCAAUCGUCUCGGGAAAGCUUCAAGCAGGGUUUUGAGGGGGUGUGGCAGGAUGGCAGGUUGGCGUGUAUGAAUUUCGGUUUUCGAGUAGAGGACAUUCGUCCUGAGCUACCUGUGCAGCUGUGGUAUGGGAAGCUCGAUACUUUCGUUCCACCCAAUCAUGGUGUGCAGAUAGCCGCACGGUUGGGUGGUCGAGCAAAUCUCAGAUUGGUGGAUGAGACCCACGCAAGCAUUGUGGUGAACAGGAUGGAAGAGAUAUUGGAGGAGUUGGUCAAGAGCACGUGA